AUGGAGAUGGCGGCGGCGGCGAAGGGGCCUAGUGCCCCGGAGUGGCGGGUGACGGUGCCGGAGGGCGCCUCGGUGUCGGUGGAGCACGAGGCCUCCCAGGCCACGCGGGCGUGGGCGUGGCUGGUCUCGUGCGUCCUCACGCUCAGGGACCGGGUGCUUGGGUUCGGCCAGCGUGUCUGGAGGAUCGGCGCCGACGACCCCAGGAGGGCGUUGCACGGCCUCAAGGUCGGCCUCGCCCUCACGCUGGUCUCCGUGUUCUACUACAGCAGGCCCCUCUACGACGGCGUCGGCGGCGCGGCCAUGUGGGACGUCCUCACGGUCGUCGUCGUCUUCGAGUACACUGUCGCUGCGAUGGCGACGUUCUCGCGCUUCAUCCCGACGGUGAAGGCGCGGUUCGACUACGGCGUCACCAUAUUCAUCCUGACCUACAGCCUGGUGGCGGUGUCGGGCUACCGCGUGGACGCGCUCGUGGCGAUGGCGCAGCAGCGGGUGUGCACCAUCGCCAUCGGCGUCUCCAUGUGCGUCGCGAUCUGUGCGCUCAUCUGCCCCGUGUGGGCCGGCCAGGAGCUGCACCGCGCCACCGUGCGCAACAUGGACAAACUCGCGGACGCCGUCGAGGCCUGCGUCGAAGGCUACUUCGCCGCCGCCGCCGACGGGGAGGAGGCUAACUCCAUGGAGAAGGCGGCGGAGGGAUACAAGUGCGUGCUCAACUCCAAGGCGUCCGAGGACUCGCAGGCCAACCUGGCGCGGUGGGAGCCCGCGCACGGCAGGUUCGCCUUCCGCCACCCGUACGGCCAGUACAGGAACGUCGGCGCCGCCAUGCGCCACUGCGCCUACUGCGUGGAGGCCCUGCGCGGAUGCAUCCGCUCGGCGGAGAUACAGGCGGCGGCGGCGCGUGCGCGCGGGUGGCGGUGCGGUGCGCGACGGCGCUCAGGGCGGCGUCGAGCUCCGUCGACACGAUGA